UGAGCGGAACACGAUGCGCUGCUGAUAAGAGAGAGUGCAAAAUGACAGUAGGGACAAGGAAGGAUAUGACUAGAAUGCAAGCAGAUAGCAACCGUAAUAGCAUAAGUACUGGCAAUGUAACUCCCCUAAUCUGGUAUGUGCCAUGUACCUCCAUAAGUGAACAAGAUAAAAGGAUUGCUAAGAUCGGGAUUGCGAUCAACCCAAGGAUCACAAACCCUCGAAUGUUGCCAGGGGUGAUUCUUGAUAGAAGUUUUUCCAAUGCUCUAGCCUUCUUGUCGAUGAUACUUUCGGGUCGGAGUUUUGGGAAUUUUGCCGGCAGGGCUUCGCAAUCCUUGCGAUCACUGUAUUCUAUAUAGUAUUUCUCAACCCCUAGCGAGAAACUUUUUGGAAUGGCCGCACCAAUCGUUCUCUUUGCUGCACCGCACCCUUGACUUUAUCGGCAAUACCGGGUAAUUUCGGUUUUUUUGAUUCCCCUAAUUUCGACGGUUACAGGUGGAAUGUCUUUAGCGCCAAAAGAGGUAACAUCCCUGAUAUUAAGGCCAUGGGCGGCGAACUAGAGCAUGAAGGGUUAG